CUUUCAAAUUAUUACAGAGGCGGCAGGCUUAUCACCAAACGCCCUAUUCCUCCUAAUAGAGUGGCCGUCGCCUGCGGUGGUAGUAGAACCCAAACACGCCUCGAUUUCUGUCUCGUCCAUAUUCGGAACCACCACCGCGAUGACCUCCUCCUCCGCUCUCGUCCUCACCACUACUUUUCUGCUCCCUCUGAACCACCGCCCCACGUUUCUCGCUAUUCCGUCCCAUCUCAGCAGCAGCGAUGGCCAUGGAAGGAGCCGUGCCGGCCCCCAGGGAAAGUGGAAGUGCUGCUCCACCCCUAAGGACAAGUCGGCCUCUACGCAGCAGAGGCAGCGAAAGCCGCCGCGCCGUUCCUUAAGCGGGAAAUCAGAGCCGGACGUUGACCCCAUUGGCUUUCUCUCCAAGUUCGCCAUCUCCCACCGCGGUUUUGCUCAGUUCCUUCGUGAGCGGUACAAGGCCUUGAAGGACCGCAGAUUUGAGUUAUACUCUCGGUUUAUAGAUCUGAAGGAGUCAGCUUCGGGGUAUGAAAUUUUGGGCAUGCAUAGGCAUAGGCAGCAUCGGGUGGACUACAUGGAGUGGGCCCCAGGUGCUCGAUAUUGUUCACUUGUUGGUGACUUCAAUGGAUGGUCAGCAACAGAAAAUAGUGCAAGAGAUGGACACUUAGGGCAUGAUGAUUUUGGUUAUUGGUUUAUCAUUCUUGAAGAUAAGCUAAGAGAUGGUGAAGAACCAGAUGAAUAUUUCUUUCAAGAGUACAAUUAUAUGGAUGAUUAUGACAAAGGUGACAGUAAUAUUAAUGUUGAAGAACUUCUUAGAAGAAUAAAUGAUGAAUAUUGGGAACCUGGAGAGGUUUGGCCCCGUAAGUCACGUAUGGAGAUGGUUUCUAAGUUGUAUGAACAGAUGUUUGGCCCCAAUAGUCCCCAGACUGAUGAAGAACUAGGUGAAAUACUUGAUGCUGAAACACGUUACAAACAAUGGAAAGAAGUCUCAAAAUUUGAUCAUGUCAACGACAGGCCUCGCUUUGAUGUCAUUGAUGAUGGGAAGGAGUUUGAUAUCUUCAGUGUUAAAGGUGAUCCAGUAUCAGCAGAGAAAUUUAAAUCUAAGAAACCUCCUCUUGCUUACUGGAUAGAAAUGCGAAAAGGACGUAAGGCAUGGUUGAAAAAAUACAUGCCCGCUAUUUCACAUGGAAGUAGGUAUAAAGUUUAUUUUAAUACUCCUGAUGGAGCAUUGGAAAGAGUUCCAGCUUGGGCUACAUAUGUUCUACCAGAAGCAGAUGGAAAAGAAGCUUAUGCAGUUUAUUGGGAACCUCCUCCAGAGGAUAUGUACAAGUGGAAGUAUAAGAGGCCCAAAACUCCAAAGUCUCUUCGUAUAUAUGAGUGCCAUGUUGGGAUAAGUGGAUCGGAACCAAAAAUAUCAUCCUUUAAUGAGUUUACUUCCAAGGUUCUUCCACAUGUGAAAAAUGCAGGAUACAAUGCUAUCCAGUUAUUUGGGGUUGUUGAGCAUUGGGACUAUUCUUCUGUUGGUUACAAAGUUACAAAUUUUUUUGCUGUUAGUAGUAGAUUUGGGACUCCUGAUGACUUCAAGCAGUUGGUUGAUGAGGCACAUGGGCUUGGAAUUCUAGUGUUUCUAGAUGUUGUUCAUUCCUAUGCUUCAGCAGAUGAAUCAGCUGGGUUGUCACUAUUUGAUGGAUCAAAUGAUUGCUACUUCCAUACUGGUAAACGGGGUCAUCAUAAAUAUUGGGGUACCAGGAUGUUCAAAUAUGGUGAUGUUGAUGUGUUGCACUUUCUUUUGUCAAACUUGAAGUGGUGGGUUGCAGAAUAUCAGGUUGAUGGCUUCCAGUUUCACUCACUCCCAUCAAUGAUGUAUACUCAUAAUGGUUUUGCUACAUUUACUGGUGACAUCGAGGAGUAUUGCAAUCAAUAUGUUGACAAAGACGCUUUAUUGUACCUUAUUCUAGCAAAUGAGAUGCUGCAUGAACUUUAUCCAGAUAUCAUCACAAUUGCAGAAGAUGCCACAUUUUAUCCUGGAUUAUGUGAACCAACAACUCAAGGUGGCUUGGGAUUUGACUACUGGAUCAACUUUUCAGUUUCUGAGUUGUGGCUGUGGCUUCUUGAGAAUGUCCCUGAUCAGGACUGGAGCAUGAAUAAGAUUGUGAGUGUGCUUUUGACCAACCAACAAAGCCAUCAUAAGAUGCUUUUGUAUGCUGAGAAUCAUAAUCAGUCAAUAUCAGGAGGGCGGUCCUUUGCGGAAAUUUUGUUCAGCAAGGCUGAUGAGCAAAUCAUUGAAUCUGAUAAUGUUCUAUUUAGGGGAGCUUCACUGCAUAAGAUGAUCAAGUUACUGACAUUCACAAUGAGUGGAAGUGCUUACCUCAAUUUUAUGGGAAAUGAAUUUGCACACCCAAAUAGAGUUGAGUUUCCAGUCCCAAGCAACAAGUUUUCAUUUGCUUUGGCAAACCGUCAAUGGGAUUUAUUAAUGGAUGAAGUGCACAGGCAACUUUUUAAUUUUGAUAAGGAUAUGAUGAGGAUAGAUGAGGAUGAGAAUAUACUUUCAAGUGGACCACCAAAGGUGCACCAUAUUAAUGACUCUAACAUGGUUAUAUCCUACAACAGAGGACCGCUACUUUUUUUGUUCAACUUUCAUCCUACAAUUUGUUAUGAAGCUUAUUGUGUCGGUGUAGAAGAAGCAGGGGAAUAUCAGUUAAUACUCAAUACUGAUGAAGUCAGUUACGGAGGACUCGGGAUGCUGAAGAGAAACCUGUAUCUUCAAAGGACUAGCACCAAAAGGACUGAUGGCCACAGAAACUCGUUGGAAGUGUCAUUGCCUCGUAGAAGCGCCCAGGUCUACAAAUUGACGAGAAUCUUGACAACAUGAAGCCGAUGGAAUCUUGGAAAUUUUGAUUAUAUAUUCAAUUGAGGUGAUCGGCUGAGGCGACUACGGGACUAACAUUUUGGCGUUUUGGAACAUUCUGGUUCGUAUUGACAAACUACAGAUCCAAGUGAAUACGAAUGCCACUAUGCAAGUCUGACUGUAGGUCCAUAAGAGCCAAAUUCCGUACCAUCUUACUACUAAUCAAUGCUGUCAUCCCGGUGUAUAAUAUCUUUUUCUGCAUGGGGUUGCAUCAAAGAACUCAAAAGGUUCUGUUAUCGAGGUACGACAUCAUAUUGAUCUUAUCACUUUUGUUUUUGGCUUUUUGCUUUCUUGUUUGUUUCUACGUAUGAAUUCCUUUCUUUCCAUGUAGUCGUACUAAUAUCAUGUUCUGAUGAAAAAGAUCUUGUUCUUACUUCCAGGAAAAAA